AUGGUGCGGCUCAAAUAAUUCUUUGAGUGUAUUAGUAGUUUUGGUAAUAUGCUGGACUGAAUAUCUUUUAAGUUUUUGUAGGUAUCUAUAUACAUCUAUGUAAUUAUCUACUGAUGUACUUUUUGGAAAGAACUUCCAUUUAUUUAAAUUCAUAUUCAACUGUAGUUUCAUAACAGAGAAAAUUAUAAAAAUGAAAAUCGGUAAAAUCCAUCGUUAUUUUUCUAUAAGCCACCGGAAAACAUGAAAUAUGACUAUUUAAACUGAUAACAGUAUUUCAGUUUAAUUACUGUAAGUCUUCAAAUUAUAAAUCUAACUAAAUUCAGUGUGUAUGUAAAUUUUUUCUUUUUUGGGUGGAAAAUUUGUUGUUGUGGAAAAUUUGUUGUUGUUUUUUUUAAUUGAAAUUUUUGGGUAUUUAAGUAAGACAAGACUAGUGUUGUUUUCUUGUAUAACCAGAAUUACAUUGCCAAGUACAGAAUAAUUUCAAAUUGGAUCUAAUUUAUUGCAUGCUAUGAUAAUGUAUAUCAUAUACCAUUUGAUCUGUGUAAAAAUCGUCAGUUGUUGCAAUAUGUUACUCAUAUAUAUGUAUGUUUAUUGAACAGUGUUGCAGCUGGUGAAGCUGGAAUUGUUUUGAAUAUGUCAGCAGGCAUAUGUUACCACACUGAUUUGAUAAGAUGGCACACGUGCAACGACAGAUGUCAACCAACUAAACGAUUGUGAUAUGUGGAGGGCUUUUCUCAAUCCUCAUCUAGUAUGCUGUGGUUAGCUGUAAAUUAGGAAAUUAUCAAACAAUGGCACAGGGUGCACUGUAACUUCACAGGUGUACAGCAUCCUUAAAUUCAGAGCUGGAUGUUGAAAUGUCAUCGUAGGAGUUCAACUCUUUUUGUCUUGAAACAGACAACAACAGAGCAGAGGUUGAUGCUGAAAUUGUUGUAUGAAAUGAGUAAGAAGUUGUCUACAGCCCCACAUAUAAAAGAUCAGUGUGACAGCAUAAUGCCAGAAAGUCCAGAGACAAAAGGUCAAGGUCACACACCAAUAACUUCCCCUACCCCGAUGGCUGGAGGAGUAGCCCCUGGUCUGAGAGAGUCAACCAGACCUCAUUCAAACAACAAUGCAGGAGAACAUUCGCCUGUUCCCGCGGGAAUGAUGAACGGACGGAUGCCAACACCGCCAACAGUUCAAAUGUCAUCUAGUCAGCAGUUACCGCCGGCUUGUGGUGCGAGACAGCUUAGUAAACUGAAAAGAUUUCUGACAACCUUGCAGCAGUUUGGUUCUGAUAUAUCGGCAGAAAUUGGCGAAAGGGUGCGAGCUCUAGUGCUUGGAUUAGUUAAUUCGCAUCUUUCCAUUGAAGAAUUCCACUCCAAAUUGCAGGAGGCAACAAACUUUCCACUUCGACCAUUUGUAAUACCUUUUCUGAAGGCAAACCUACCAUUAUUACAACGAGAACUAGUGCACCUAGCUCGAAUGGCAAAGGAGACUCCACAGAAUUAUUUAGCUCAGAAUGAACAUAUCCUGUUCAAUGCCACGCAAUCACCCCUCGAAUCUCAGGAUACCCCUGUCCCACAGAUCAAUGAGAAUGGAAAACGCUUGUCCCCUGAAACAAGGGGACAUGAGAAUGGCCUAGACGUACAUCCUGCUAAACGACAUCAGCCAACAAGUCCACACGGACCAAAUCGCAUCAGUCCAAAUGGCAUAUUAAAUCUUUCAAAUGGACCAAUCAGGUUGGAGGAUAUAAGUAUCUCACGGGAACUCAGGGAACGGGAAAAAUUAGAACGGGAACGUCUAGAAAAAGAAAGGACUGAUCAUAGAGAUAGAGAUUUUGACAGGGAGCGACACUUUCCAUCUUACAAUUUUGGCCGUUCAGAAUCUGCAUUUGAUCCUCUUGAAAGAUUUGAUGAUGACUGGAGGCAUGUAGAAACUAUGUUAAACUGUAUUAUUGGUAUGGUGGAUAAAACACGACGAGCGUUAUCGGUCCUUCAAGAUCGUAGCUUACGUGAUCGUGAGGAACUUUCUAUAUGGAUGAGAAGAGGUGGUGGCGAUGAUUCCGAUUUAAAGAAACGCAAUCCUGAAACUUGGUUAAAUAUGAGAAACACUGAUGAAAGAAUUUCUGAUGUGCGACGACGUGCAGAAGAAGCUGUACAAGAAGUGAAGAGACAAGCCAUGUUAGAGCUACAUAAAGCUGUUGCUGCAGCAGACACAAAAGCAAAUGAAAUGGUGAGCCAGGAGCGUGCUAAGAUGGAGCGGGCAGUUCAAGACAUUCGUAAACAGACGCGUGAAGAGGUGUUGAACAACAUCAAUCAUCAGGAAGAAAGUAGUGAGAGUUGUUGGAACUGCGGAAGGAAAGCAAGUGAGACGUGUAGCGGAUGUAAUACAGCUCGAUACUGCGGCAGCUUUUGCCAACAUAAAGACUGGGAAAAUCAUCAUCAUGUGUGUGGUAAAGCCUCAUUAUCUGCACUGUCACAGGCGAGAGACACGCCCCCACAGACUGUGUCCCUUUCCCCGCAGGUUCCAAGCAGUCCGCAUCCUCAUAAUUCCCCAAGCCCAGUCAAUUCGGUAUCUUCGGUUAAAUCAGUGUCAAGGUCGAGCACUCCAGCAGAUGUCAAACAAACAGAGGCGCGAGCUGCAGAAGUUAGUCGCUAGGCAGACUGUAUCAAGGAUGGCCUAAAUAUAUUUCUUCACAGACAGACUGUAUUUCAUUGGAUGUUGUUUUGUUAUUAAUGUUUAUGUGCUGAAAAAGUGAGAUCUUGAAGGAAAUGAAAUUUGUUUAUGUUCAUUUCAAGGUAUUGAUGUGAUAUUCUUUUUUUUCUAUUUAGGAAAUUUUGUUUUACUGUUUAAGUUGAAGUUUGCAUGUCAUAGGAACUUCCAUGUCCCUAACACGAGUUCAUGUGAGACUAGACAGAAGUGGUAUUUUUUUGGAAAAGACUGUUGGCAUAUAACUUGAUUAGUACUUAGAAUAUAUCAACUGAUAAAGGGAAACUAAAGUAGAUGUACCAGGCCUAACUUUAGUAUUGUGUGUUUGAACAUACAUAAUGUAAGAAAAUAUACAGGACAGUUAUUAAAGUGGGAUAUGUUAUAAACUGUGUUUAAAUCAGAUUUUAGCCCAGUUUUUUUUUAAAGAUGACUCAGUGCAAAAAAAGUGCUUAGAUAUAAGUUUACAAGAAUAUUUGGUUACUAGUUAAUACAAAUGCUAUAUAAAUCAAGCUGUUACAUUCAUACUGGAACAUACCAUAUGAUAGUGUUAAUGAAUGUAUAUUGCAGAUCCAUGUAUAUUAACUGAAUGCAAGACAAUUAAACGUGCAAUUAAGCUACUGAAGAUACAUAUGCUUCAGAAAAAAAAAUGUUUAAAACUGAGGAAGGAGUGAUGUGACACAUGUUUGAUGAUGGCAUAAAACACAAUAUCAUGAAAAGCAUCAAGUUUGAAAAGAAUUGUAGAGUUGACUUUUUUUCUAAAUUUUGCUUGUGGGGAAGACCUUAAAACUGUAUUUUUCAAGGAAAAGAAAAUGUAUAGUAUUUUCAUUGUAUUUUGACUGUAUUUUUGUGUUUAAAUAAAUGAAUAAAUGUUACAAAAAUAUACAAGGUUGAUUGACUCUCAGACACAUUUAUUUACAAAAUGUGUUUUGUAAGACUGUCUUUAAUAUUUUGACGAAUAGCAAGUACUGAAGGAAUAAUAUAUAGCAGGAAGAAGUAGAAACAUGUUAAAAUUCAUUUAAACAUGACAGAGGUUAUACAUUCUGCUGAAUUAUUUCACAUGGGUGAAGCUAAGUAUUCCAUGCUGUGUAUAACUGUAUUAAAUUUGUGUCAAUUUGGCUGAAGUCAAUGACACUCCAUGCGCAAGAAAUUAACUUUAAAGCCUCCGGAUUAAUGUUAAAUUUUUCGAAAUUUAGAAAAUGCGUUCAUCGAUUAGUAAUUGUAAUAAAAAAGAAAAUACAAAAUGAUCAAAAGCAUUUUAAGAACUUUUUAUCUAUAUCAUGGUCUGCACAGUUCACUAUUCAGUCAGUAAAUUUUCAGUGAAUGCACCUUCAAAUAAUAAAUGGUACUGCCCAAACUGAAUAAUACAUCAGCCCAUUUUAGAAAUUUAGCAGGGUAAAGGUUAAUGUUCAUCUGGAGGUAUGUCCCUUUAAAUAAUUUCAUAAUAUAUCACAGAGCAUACACAGUAAUACUGUGUCAUUUAUUACAUUUUGUUUCUGUUAUUUUUCUAGUUUUGAUCUCAGUAUGUCCUCCAUUACAUUAUUUUAUGUUGCAUACUUGUGUUUUUAAUUUGCAUUUUUUUUUUAGUUGGUGGAUUUUUAAUUUUGGUUACAAGGGUAUGUUGGGAAAGGUAGCUAGGUAUUAACUUUGUCUGGAAAAAUUUCAAGUUCUAGGGAAUUGUUAGCAUAGCUUGACCAUCUAGCAUAAUAGUUUGUUUUAAACAUGGUACUUAAAAUGAGAACAAUUUUGUUUAACCAUAAGAUAGAUUUCUCUCUAAUUUGGCAACAACAACUCAAUCACUCUUGAUUAUCAUUUUAUCAUCUUUAACAUAGAUUUCAAGCUUUCAAAACUGAAGCUUUAAACACUAUACUGAUUUUAUUCAAACUUUGCCAUUAGUAUUUAAAUUAAUUUUCUAUAUAUAACACCUUCAACUUUCUCAUGACAGUCUAUCUAAAUUUGUUUGUAGUUUGUUCAAAAUUAAGCAUGGCAGCUUCCAUUAUGUUCAAAAAGCUAACUAUAGUCUGUGAUUUUAAGGUUUGUCAGAAACGAUAUUUUGGUGAACAUGAAAAUCUUGUUUGCAAGUGAUAUGAUGUACUUAUACUUAAAGCUGGGUGUUAUGAAAAUUGUUUUUUUUUUUAAAGCCUUGACUUUAAUAUUUUCUUCGACUUCUUUAAAAAGUUUUCAGAGCAGAAAGUUGUACAGAUUGCAUUCUGAAAGUAAACUUUUAUCAUAGAAAGCACUUUAUUUCUAGACCCAGUUUUAAGGCGGUUCAUACAAUAAGCAUAAAUUGCAACUAUUUUGUUACUAGACCCUUCAUUUUUAGACCCAGCUUUAAGGUGAUGCAAACAAUAAGCAUAAAUUGUAACUUUGUUUUGUUACCAGACCCUUUACCGUUAGACUCAGGUUUAAGGUGGUGCAUACAUAAAACAUAUAUUGUAACUGUUUUGUUACCAGACCCUUAACCUUUAGACCUGUAUGUACAUCACUUGAAAUCUUAUUUUUCAUCUAUAUUAAACUAAGCUAUCAAUAUUUUAAGUACCAGUAAUCAAGAAUUAAGAAAUGAAUCCGACUGUUAUCAUUUUUAAGACUUUUUGUUUUGUGUUUUGCUUGUUACAUAUCUGUAUUAUGUUGGGGUGUACAUGAAGAACUUUCUGUUCAAAUUCAGUGUUUUUGAAUCAUUUAUAACUAUAUUGUUAAAUGCACAGUAAAUUUUUUCACAUUUCUGAAUUGUUAUUUUUGUUGAAUAGUGCUAUAUUUUCUUGUGAUUCAAGUAAUGCUGUUUUAAAAUAAUUGUUUGAAGUAGAAAUUGAAACUACACACCUUCCAUGAAAUCAAUCUUUGUUCUUCCUGUUUCUUCCUUUCUUCACAAUGUGUAUAUAUAUAAAAGUUUCUUUCAUCUAUUUCUGUUACAAACAGACGUUUUAAAAGCUGGUAUAUUAAGUUUAGAGAUUCUCUCCACUACUCCUUACCAUUCCUUGUUCAUAAAUGUAAAUACCCUACAAUCUGUUACAGAAGGUUCUAACAGCCACACAUUCCAGCCCUUGUUUUAUUACAGCAGCAUGUCCAUUACUGGAUAGGUCUGUAAUGAGCGGACAGUACAACUGUCUUCUUGAUUUGUUUUCAUUUUCCUAUGUGUAAAUUUUGCAGUAUUUCUGUCGAGAUAUUUAAAACUGAACAAGUAAUAAAAUUGUCUGCUGCACUUUUUAUUUCAUUGUAAAUGAAAUGUGCAAUCAGAAUUCUAAGUCCUGUUUGGCGCCAUAUAACAUUCACUGUGUUUGGUAUGCUGUAAAGCACAAACUAGAUGAACAUAACUUUUCACAAUGACUCGGUAAUGCAGCACGGGCUAUAACGAAAGACCUCGUGUCUUUAAUAGUACCAUUAUGAAAAUAAAUUUUAUUAUUGACACUUAAAGCUACAGUAGCAGAUGUGUUAGAAAUAUUCUGCCUGAUAAAUAUUUUCCAGACACUUAAAACUCUAAGAUUAUAAAACUUAAGUUUUAGACCAGUCUCUAAAUGCUAAUAUACCAUUAGUCAGGUUCAGUACUGGGAGAGAAAAACAACCAAUUAAAAACUAGAGUUUUUGAGACUCUUCAAGCUUAAAUUUUAUAACAUAAAGAUCCUUGUUAAAGCUGCAUAUAGAUGACUUUUUGUUGUUAGAAAUUUGUUGCAAAUUAAAAAAAAAAGUUAUUGUUCACAUUAUCCAAUUAAAUGUGUUUUAGAGUAGGGUGUAGUGUUGAGAAUCUAUGAGCUAAGUUAUGCUGGCCUUGACAAUAGUGGGAUUUGUGACAUCUUGUCAUUUAUAUUGUUUACUGUUACAAUCACAGUGUAUGCCACUUGUAUACAACAGUUUACCAGUAAUUUUAUAUUAUCACAAUAUUGCUGGUCACUGUAUCUGAUGUUUGGCAUUCAUGUCGCAGAUUGACCUGUACAAAUUCAGGAUACUGUGUUUUUACCUUUAAGCAUAAUUUACUGUAAGGGUAAAAUAUACCAUUAUGAAGUAUCUCAUAUAUUGUUGUCAUUUUGUGUAUGUGGUCUUCACAUAUAAAAAGUAAAAUACUCAUACAAA